GUGGACUUGGUCAGUGUCAUUAGAAUUCCUUCGAGCGAAGCAGCAUGUCGGGCUACAUGACGGUGUCCGUGCGGCAGGGGGCCCUACGUGGACGCCGCCUGAAGACGCCCGCAGGAAAUGUUUUCUUCAGCUUCCAGGGCUUGCCCUACGCCAAGCCCCCGCUCGGCGAGUUACGCUACAAGGCUCCGGAACCCGCGGAUUCGUGGACAGGCAUUCGGGACGCCACGAAGCUGGGAAACCAGUGCGUGCACUUCGACCCCUUAACCCAGCAGCUGGUGGGCGACGAGGACUGCCUCUUCCUGAACGUGUACACGCCGCACCUGCCUCUGGGCCGAGGCGUUCACAGGCCGCUGGCAGUGCUCUUCUGGAUUCACGGAGGCGGCUUCAGCUCUGGCUCCAGCAAUAUGUAUGGCCCAGAGCCACUCAUGGACCAGGACGUGGUGCUCGUCACCAUUAAUUACCGCUUGGGACCACUCGGUUUCCUGUCGUUGGACAGCCCGGAGGUUCCGGGCAAUGCCGGCAUGAAGGACAUGGUGAUGGCGCUCCGCUGGGUGAAGGACAACAUCGCCUCCUUCGGCGGAGACCCCGAGAACGUCACCAUCUUCGGAGAGAGCGCGGGCGGCGCCGCUGUGCAUUACCUGGUCCUGUCUCCUUUGGCAAAUGAUCUGUUCCGUCGGGCGAUCGCGCAGAGCGGCAGCGCGCUGUGCCCGUGGGCCUUCUCGAAGGACCCCGUGGGCCGCGCCAAGCGCCUGGCCGUGGCGGCCGGUUGCGCCUCCUCGACGGUGGAGGAGCCCGAAGCGCUGCUCCGAUGGUUCCGCGAGGCGUCGCCGGUGGCGCUGGUGAAAGCGUCGCUGGACGGGACCGCGACGGCCGAAGAGCGGAGGCGCGGGGACCUGACGCUGUUCGUGCCGUGCGUGGAGGCGACGCGCGAGGGGGCCUUCCUGCUGGAGGAGCCGGCGGCGCUGCUGGCCAGCGGCGACGUGCCCAAGGUGCCCAUAGUCUUCGGGCUCACGUCGCACGAGGGAAUUCUCACGUUAGGCAUCAUUGAGGGCAAGCUGGGAGGGCCGAAGAGCCCGAAUCCCUCCGGGAUGAGCCCCCUGGAGGAGAUCGCCUCCGACAUGGAGCGCCUGCUGCCGGCGGACCUGUUGAAAGGCAAGCGCGACCUGCAGCGCUCCAGGCAGCUGGUGGAGCGCCUCAAGGACUUCUACCUGGGCGGCAGGCAGCUCGCAGACGACACCCUCGACGGAUUCGUCGACCUGCUGACGGACGUCAACUUCGGCGUGGGGGUGAUCCGCGCGGCGCGCGGCCACGCGCGGCUCGGGGCGCCGGUCUUCAUGUACGAGUUCGGCUUCCGCGGCCGCCUCAACUUCCUGGGCCAGGUGCUGGGCGCCAAGGUGCAGGGCGUGUGCCACGCCGACGAGCUGGGCUACCAGUUCGCCAUCCCGGGCCUCAGCGAGCCGGACGAGGGCAGCGCGGAGGCCGUCGUGCGCCGCCGCAUGGGCCGCCUGUGGACGCAGUUCGCCCUGUGCGGAAAUCCCACACCUAAGCAGGACGAUGUGAUAACAACAACUUGGCUUCCGUACUCCGAAUCGUCUCCUAAUUACCUGUUCAUUGGUGAAGAUCUCAAACAAGAAACUGGACUUUGGAAAGAAAGGGUGCAGUUUUGGACAGAUAUAUACAAGAUGUGAAAUUUUCGAGCGCAAAUUCUUCAAAUCUUUCUUGAGAAUAAUAUUGGCGCAGUUUAAAGUGUACUUUAUACACGAAAUAUUGGUAAUUAAAAUGUUUUGAAGAAAAUAGAAACAUUU